AUGCCCUUCAGCUUCCAAGGCCUCAAGGAAAAAUCCAAGGUCGGCUUCGACAAAGUCUGGGAUGCAAGUGAAAAGUACGUCGGUGUACCCAUGAAUCGCUGGGCCGGCAAGCUUGGCGCGGAAGCAGUCUGGCCUACAGACAUGCCGAGCGAGUGCGAUAAAGCAUCCAGGAUCCUGCGCGUCUUUACAAUUGACCGCGAACAUGCGCCGGAGAAAUUGAAUGUCCUGGAUGCUCAUGCCGCCAAGAAGCAACAAAAGGUCAUUCAGCGCAUCCCAGCCGAUGCCAUCAAGGCAGCUCAGGGAAUUGCCAUCUUUACGGUCUUCAGAUCAGGCCUCGUGAUUGGCGGUGGAAGUGGCGGUGGCCUCGUCAUGGCGCGCACAGACGACGGCACUUGGUCAGCACCGUCUGGCAUCAUCGUCAAUACCUUCAGUUUCGGAUUCCUCGUAGGUCUUGACGUCUACGACGUCGUCAUCUUGCUCAACACAAAGAUGGCAGUCGAGUCGUUCUGCAAUCCAAAAGUCACGCUUGGUGCAGAUAUCAGUCUUGUUGCUGGCCCAGUCGGUCAUGCAGCAAUUGUGGACGCUGGCUACAGACAGCCUCCAGCAUGGUAUUACGUCAAAUCCAAAGGCCUAUACGCUGGAGCUCAACCAGUCGACGGCUCAUUCGUUCUGGAAAGGAAUGACGAAAAUGCAAAGUUCUACUACGGCAGGUACUCAGCUAGAGAGAUCCUUGCUGGCAAAGUACGCAUGCCAGUCGAAGCACAGGGACUCCUACAGACGCUAAGAGCAGCUGAGGGACAA